UAGUUUUUAUUUUUGUUGGUAUUUUUUGUUUCUUAUUUUUCUAAGUGAAAGUAAUUGGUGCACAAAUAAAUUGCAGGAAAUGUAAAUGAGCCCUAGGAAAAUUAGCACUGGAAAUGAUAUGUGUGUGGGCUCACUGAUUCUAUUGAUAUGAUUUGGUAUGUGUUGUUAGUUUUGGUAUUGAUAAAUUUAUUGUUGCACAGGCUACUGAUAAAUUUAUUGUUGCUCAGCUGAGAGAAAAUUAGCCUGUGAUCUCGGUGUUUUUGUAUGUGUUGUCAGUUUUGGUAUUCUAUUAUCUGCACUACUAUUUGUCCCUUGGACUAUAUUUGUCCCUUCAAGUUUUCAUUGAGGAAACCUACUUUGGAUUUCUGGGUGAACUGUGUCAGAUUCGUAAUUAUUGUGGUUAUAUGCAAUGCUGCUGCUUAUAUGCAAUGCUGCUGCCAUGGAGGUACAUAUAUUAUGACAUGUUGAACCAAGCUAUUUUUAGUAACAUGUAACGUGAAGUACUUGAUGUUUUUAGAUGUUCUUUUCCUCAGGCACUUCCCAUAUUUCUGUAUAGUCUAAUCACUGCUUGGGGUGCCAUCCUGAUUUCAGUUACAUUGAUACUUCUAUUUGGAGAGGUGAGGGAUUUAUCUUAGGUAACAUUUCUUUAGAAGAGAGCUAUAAAAUUUGGAGCAGGUGGACAGCUGCUUGAAUUUGCAGUGCAAUUUAUGGUUUAUUAGGGUAUUCGUGCCCAAUUUUACCCACGUAAAACUGAUUUCUUAUCCCUGCAAUUUGCGACAUGGGGAAUUGAGGUGGGAAUGUGUCUGCCCAUUAGAAAAAGUGCUUAUUAGAAAACUUGAGUUAUGUUCUUGUAGCAUGGAUACAUUUUCUGAAGAAGUGCUUUUAGAAAACUCAAAUUUAUUUUUCGCAUCAUGAUGUUUCAAUUUUCCUGGUUAAAUCAGCAUGGUGAAUUUGCAUGCGCUAAUUACUACUAGUCUGUAUGAACAGAUUAUACAACAAUCUGUUUGUUCUAGAUAUGGGUUGGCUAUUGGUGCAGUUGUAGCCCCAUUUGUCUGCGUUCUUGUUUGGAUUUGUUUUCCUGUAGCAUAUCCAAUAAGCAAGCUAUUAUAUUUUCUGCUAGGACAUGUACAUGUAGCACUUUUCCGUAGAGCUGAGUUGAAAACACUGGUUGAUUUGCAUGGUAAUGAGUUAUGUGAGGGAAACAUUGGGACUUUGGAGGAAUGGACCAUGGAGAUGAUCAAGCUGCAGUGCUAAACCCUGGGAACAAACCAUUAACACAGAUUACUGAAGAUGAUUCAUUUAGAGAAUUUGAAUUUAGACAGUAUUUUU